AUGUCCAGCAAUCCGAGCGAAUCAACCUUGGCCCUGGAUCAAACAAGCGAUACCAAGAAAGAUCAUUCGCGAGAAGAACGCGCCGCCGCGGCUGCCGCCGCAAUGAAAUGGGGCAUCACUCCAAAGCCUUAUGACCCUAAUGAGAAGCCUGGACCUGACCAUCCCGUGCAUAAAAUUCCCCUUGAAAAGCAAGAAAAAAUGCGCAAGAAGGGCAUCAACCCGGUGCUCCGGGCCGAGAUGGACGAGUCGACGAAAGGCGAGGGUGGAUUUUGGAGAAAAGUCGCCCAGACGUCUAUGGGUGGAGGAUGGAUUAAAUAA